UUUUUGAUUACAUUGAUUGAAACGAAACAAUGUUUGUCUUAUUAGUGGAAAUAACUUUAUAUUAAUUUAUUAUUAAAUAUACGGCUAAUUGUAUUAAAUGUGUUCAACAAUAUUGUUAUAAAAAGUUAUUUAUUGUAUAUUAUAUGUGAUAUAAGUUAUACAAUGAGUUUGAUUAGUAGCUGAAGUGUUUGACUAUAAUCUAAGUGAUCAUUGUUUGUGGUAAUAGUUUGUAUAAUAAAUGGCAUACAUUAAUGUCGCCGAAUGGACGGCCAAUAAUACGGCCGAUUGGCUAAAGGGUUUGGACGACUGUAUUGGACAACACAUUGAAUUUUUCUUGAAUAACAACAUCAAUGGCUGCAAACUUUUGUUGCUUUCAUGUGAAGACUUAAACAAAUUGAAUGUCAAGAAAGUGGGUCAUCAGGAGCUCAUCUUAGAUGCCGUGGAUCUUCUCAAACAUUUACACUACAACUUCGGUUCGGAAACACUUCAGUCAUUAGCCCUUAGACUCGGCUGUAAAUCUCGCGGUCUUUAUAAUCAACUAUUAAAGCGAAGUCAAGAGUUUAUUAAUAACAAUAAUAAUGAAGACAACAAUAAUAAGGACAAAGAUGACAGAGUGUCAACACAGACAUUAUCUGCCGUUUCCGAUAUAUUGGCUUCUGUUAAGGCUUUCAUCUCAUGGAUCGAUAGAUAUCCAUUUGAAGGCCAAGAUCUUUACAUACCGGUGCGCAAAACAAUUUUAAGGUUAAGUAUUGAGUUAGCGUCGACAUCACAAAGAGACCAAUUUGUGGAGAGACCUAAUAAUGUGAUAAUGAAAAGUUGCUUUACAUUGGCUGAACUCUGUGACCAUAUAGUACAAGAACUAAACGACUCGUUGGCCAUUCAACCGGCUGUACUCGACAUCGUGACGGUCAAGAAGAAACCGGACGAAGAGUUGGGAAUGCAUAUACAUUCGUCAUAUUCUGGUAUUCAUAUCGUCGGUGGCAUUAAAUUUCAAUCGCCUUCACACCGAUGCGGUCGUAUUGAAGAGGGAGAUGAGAUCGUUCAGGUGAGCUAUCAAACAGUAGUCGGAUGGCAAUUGCAAAAACUGGUCAAUUCUAUGAAAGAACAUCCAACAGAAAUUAUAUUAACUAUUAAGAAGAGACCACGACAUAGCAAUUUAUUGGGUCAGGUCAUUGUCCUCAAGCCAUAUAAGAUCCCAGCCCUCAAAGCUGGCUAUCGAUCCUCAAGAAGUCGUUUGAAAAAUGCCGCCACCACCACAACAAGCUCUGAUGGUGAUGAUGACGCUUUCCUUCCCAACGAUGAAAAUAAUAAGUCAGCCUCGAAACCAGUCUAUCAAUUGUAUCCACGAAAACCAAAACUCCCGGUGCGUCGUAGGGCUACAAUUAGUGGCUCUUCAUCUACUGCGAGUCAACCACCAAUUCGUAUCGAAGAUUUGGUCAAUAAUAUAGAUAAAAGAGAAGCAUUUAAUAGAAGUAUAUCACAUGAAUCUCAAUCACACAUUAAAACUCUGAACACACGAAGUCGUGGUCUUUCAGUAACAACAGACGUUCCCUCACCUUCUGUGCCAUUAUUUUAUGUAUUUAAACAAAACACUGCAAACACUAUUCAUAUAAAUAAUAAUAUUAAUUUAGUGCCUGUGAUGGUUACGAAUGACAAUAAUUAUAAAGACAUCUAUACGGAGACUAAGCGAUCGGGCGGUGAACAGCAAAAAAUAGUUGACUCUUGCAAUAACUCAUCCAUAUCUUCAAAUAGUAGUGUUCGUCCAACACAACCUCCCCGUCCACUACCAAGAACUUCCAAAACCAUUAACAGACGGGACAAUGUAAUGCUAGGUUUUGUAGCUAAAAUGGUCGAGUCUUAUGAUAAUAGCUCCACUGUUCCUCCAUUGCCGGCCACUCCACCUUCAAGACCAGCUGUUCCUAAACCCACUUCUAAAUUUAGUAGUCAUGAUAAACACGAUAAGCAAGAGGUUAACAAUUGCUUUACAAAAGAUGAAAAAACUUAUGAAUAUGUUUUUAGACCAACAAUGGCUAUGAUUAAGACGGGUAUUGUCAACCCUUUGUAUGAACGCGUGCCAAAUGUCGGUGAAGGCUCUAAAGGUAAGGCAAGAAUGCCUUUACCUAAUGAAAUAGAUUUGCCUAAAGAAAUGUCGAAACCAACGACACCGACGACACCAAUAACUACACAAAAUAGUGUCGAAAGUAUUUUGGAUCGAGAAUACAAUCGUUUAUAUGGAACUAAAAAACCAAAUGAAAGACUGUCUCCUAAAGGAACAGACAUUGGACUUCCAGAUCAAUCUUCAGUGACUUAUAUACCUAAGUCGGGGCCAAAUGUUUUCUGGACUUGA